AUGCCUUCAAAAACAAAGUGGGAAAAGAAUCAUUCAUCGAGUGAAAAUAUCGGAAUAGUAGGAAAGUACCAGCUGUGGAUGUUGAAGGCUGAAGUUGGUGAGGCCAUUGCCGGUUUCCCUCAUUCCGAUGAACUGAUUCACCAGGAGGAUCUUUUCCAGAUGAUGAAGGAGAAAUCGUUGAAUCCGAAAUGGAUUACAGGCAAAGAUUGUCUAGAACGAAAGUUCGAGUGUGACGAUUUCUAUGUGCUGCCUGCCUUCAGGGGCAAAAUAUUUAGUCGUUUGAUUUCUUUAAAGUGCAGGGUAUACGGAGCGUUAGCGCUCAUAACAUGUCUGAAAAGAAAAGAACGUCUUCCGAAACGACAUUCGCCUGUCUGGUCCACAACUCUACAAAACUCUAUUGUGUGCUUCAGUGGGAUCGAAAUGAAAACACGGAAACAACAAAUUUCGCUUGUAAAGAUGAUGGGUGGAACGAUUUCUAAAGCUUUCACGAAAAAAGUCACUCAUUUAGUUGCUGAUUCUCAGGAUACAAAAUCCAAAAAAUUUGUUACUGCUAUAGAUUAUGCAGUUCCAGUGCUGUCGGUCAGCUGGAUAUUUGCUGCAUGGAAAAGUGCAAAAGCAUUUAGUGAAAGAAAAUACACCGAUGAACAAUUUAUCAGCGAACACAAGCUCCAAAUUUUUGCUAAAUGUGUUAUAAGCUGCUCAGGUAUAGCUCCUCAAGAUCGCUCAACACUUUCGCACCUUAUUGAAGCAAAUGGUGGUGUAUAUAUGGGAAAUAUGAAAAAAAAUCACUGUACUCAUUUGGUGACUGAUUUAAAUUCGGGUGAGAAAUAUAAAAUUGCUCGAAAAUGGGGCUGGAAUCAAAUCAGGAUCGUUCGUUUGCGAUGGGUUACAAAAAGUGUGGAGAAGGGAUAUCGUCUUCCUGAAAGGCUUUAUGAAACCAGGAUCAAUUCUGCAGUUGAAUGUAGUACUCCACGAGCUUCACAACUUACGCAGUUUCAACCACUUACAAAUCUAGAAAUUAGUGUCAUUCGUCGCUCAGCUGAUCAGCAGCAGACAACGGAUGCAUUGGAGGAUAAUGGAUUAAUGUCAAGUGAUAUUCCUCAGAUGCAUUUAACGGAAAAUGAAAGCACCGCAACAGAAAUCAUUAAAUCAUCCACCACCACCGAAAGUAAUUGGUUAAAAGUGAAGCCGUCACAGCGGAUGACGUUGGAAGUGGAUCCUAUUGUGCUUUUCGAUUUAGAUGCUCUUCGCUUUAAUGAUUUCAUGAGUAAUUGUAUCAUCUAUUUGUGUGGAAUAGAGGAUGAAAAUUUUAAAAAAUACAAAUGGCUUACCAAUAAAGUUGGAUCGGGUCGACGUGACAGGCUUAUAUAUACUGAUACAACUCAUGUGGUGGUUGGUCCACAAAGAUUGGACUGGAAGUUGAUUAAGCAGCUCAAGGAAAAAGCACGCACUAAUGUGAAAGUGGUUACAUGUGAAUGGUUGUUGGAUUGUGCUAAGACACAAACAGUUUUGGACGAAUCGAACUAUUUGAUUUUCAAGCAAGAAAAAAGCGAUUUUGAGCUUUCGCAACGUAAAUUAAGUGUAACAGCAAUGAAGGGAUUUAAUUGCAAUGAUGAACCGAGAACGAAAACUGCACUGAAAAUUACUGAAAUAGGAGUUAAACUGCUAGGUAAAGCAGUUGGAAUGUUAACUAAUGCUGAGCUGGAUUCUGCAGAAGAAAUUAUUUGGGAAAAGCCAGUAAGAAAUAACGAUGAAAGUGACAACAGUGAUCGUCAUUUAUUCACUGGGUUGUCGUUUCGCAUCGUUGUUAAGAAAGAAGAAGUUCGGAAUAAAUUGUUUUCUGAUAUCGAAAGUCGCGGAGGUAAGGUGGAACAAAAAGCAAAAAUUUGGGUUGAUUAUAUGGUAUGUGAAGUACUGGAUUUUCUGCUUAAUGACAGUGCAACAAAUUUCAAUUGCGGUAGUGUUGUUUCGUCGUUUUGGCUACAAGAAUGUAUUGAGAAAGGUUCAGUAAUAAAUGCCGAAAGGCAUCCACUUUAUCGACCUAUCGAGGCGUUCGAGACUUCUCAGAUUUUUGAUGGUCACGUUGUUGGUUUGAGUACGUUGCCGGAAGCUGAGAAAGAUAUUUUCACUGAUAUUCUAUAUAAGUUUGGAGCGGACGUAAAAAUUCACUUGGGGAAGUUUAACCAGUUAAAUAUUUGUACAGAAAUAAUAACCGGUGCUGCGGAUUGCAUCGACUCUGCACGUCGUUGGCAAAUACCUGUCCUGGAUCCAUCCUGGAUCAUCGAAUCUAUCAUUCAAAAUCAACUGCAACCAAUACACCCACAUUUAUUCGACGACCAACCAUUCAAGAAUUACACGCGGAAUGAUCGAUUAUGGAUGCAUGCUAUACAACGGAAACCAAGCAGUGAUAUAUCAAAUAUGCUGGACGGAAUGAGUAACAAUAAUGAGUUACCCAUUCGAAAAACUUUAAACAAAAACGAAAAGAAGAAGUAUGCAGGAAAAAAUUCGCAAGAACAGACAAGUAACAAUUUGGCAGCAGUUUCAAACCUUGCCGAAUCGUCAGCUUAUGUCGGUGGAAUAAAUACGCAAAGCACAAUGGGUAUUUCAUCAAAUGGGGAAACUUGGAAUGAUACAGCAGUAGGCCGUGCGCUUUGUGAAGCAGUGGUUAAAACGGCUCAGGCAAGCAGCGCUCCGGGGAUAUCAUCGAUUAGGCGAGCCAAUGAUUAUUAUCAGAUGCAGACCAGACAAAAUAAGAGAGAUGCUGAGUCAGCCUCACCGACCGAACCUAUGGACGGUUCUAAGAAGCCCAGAACAACAGUUUUUGAAAAUUAUGAAUCGAUUAUCUCGAAAGACGAGAAGAAGCGAAAAAUAGCUGAAAAGUUGGCUAAACUUGCUGUGCAAAGGGAACAAUAUAUGCGAUCUAUAGAGGCUGGAAAGAAAAAACAGUGUGAGCAAGAGAGGAAAACAGUGGUACAGGUUCAUGUGGAAUCAUCAGAACGAAGUUCUAAAAAAAGAUGCGUUGAACCACCUGAGCCCGAGCAUUAUGGGUGGAAAGAAAGCAGCCCACGUCCCAUUGCUACACAGAUACUCAACCCUUUCGAUACCGAUCUGGAAGAGAACGAUGAGAAAAUAUCUAUAUCCACUGAAUUGGAAGAACAAAAUCAAGGAAACAAAAUAAGCUUUGCGGAAGAAUAUGAAAACGCUAUUGUAGUGAAAACACCUGUCAUAACCAACAGAACAAUAUGUUUUACUUCAACCGCUCGACAUGAUAGAAAUGCCUUGGUGGCUAUGGUUUUGGAUUUAGGUGGCGAAGUAUGCAAUGAAUUCGACGAAAAGGUAACCCAUCUAGUUUGUGGUCGUAUAGUACGCAACGAAAAAUUGCUUUGUUCAAUUGCCAGAGGACUCAUAAUUGUCGAUGAAGACUAUAUCAUCGAUUCGCAUGCACAUUCAAAGUGGCUUGAGGUCGGUAAUUACGAGUGGGGAAGUACUCAUUCAGUGAUUAAGCACGGUCUGCUCUCAUCACAACGUUUUCUUUCUUUUGCGUUGGCGUGCCCCCGAUGGCGACGGAAGAUCGAAAAGAAUUCAACUGAAAGAGCCUUCCAUAAUUGGAAAGCAUUACUUUACUGCGGUCGUCGUCGAUUUGCCGAUCUUAGACGUAUCAUUCGUUUCGGUGGUGGAGAAGCUUAUCUAAGGGAUGAUAUCUGCUCACUGAAAGGAUUCACCGUUGCGCUUAUUGAAAAGUCGAAGUUUUGGAAUUCUCAGGAAGUGGUCGAACUCAUCAAGAACGAUAUACAGUGUUUCGACAUAGACUACCUCGCUACAUAUUUAACAAUAGAAGACGAAUCAGAAAUUAGAAAGCAUUUCCAUAAAGAUUAUAUGAUCGAAUUAAACCGUUCAUCACGAUGAAGACACUCGUUGUAAUUGGCUUAAAUAUCCUCAGCAUUAAAGAAAUAUCCUCUGCAUUUAUAUACAUCUCGCUUCAAAUCAUCAUGCCGAGAUCUCCUGAUUAAUAUGAUGCUUAGGUUUCCUUCCAAAUGCUCAACACAUUCAAUAUUGCUAAUUCUGUCUUUUACUACUUGAUAUCAUGGUGUAUUUAGUAGAAAGCUGUUAACAAAUCUUGAUGCGAUGGUGUGUCUAUUAUUCUAUUAUUCCUUCCACUUUGGCUGCAAUUUUUCUCAAAAAAAAAAUCUCACUGCUGAUCAGGCAAAUGCUCUCCGGCAAUGGAAAAAUAUGUUCAACAGUAUAAUCAGC